AUGCAGCAGGGGUUUACACCUGGUAAGGCAGUGAUCCACAUCGAUCUAGAGGCUAUCGACAUCAAUAUGCAAGAGUUUCUAGAUGCACAACGUGACUACGUCGAACAACGUGGCAAGCGUGGACUACUCAACGACUUCGCCUGGCUACCACUAGCAAACUACACAGAAAAGAAAAUCUUGCGCAAGCAGACCUUUGACGAGUUCGCGUUUUCCUACAGAGUAUUCGUACCGAAGAAGUAUCGCGCAAGUAUCCUUCAAUACUUCCACUGCUCACCACUCGACGCAGGACAUCAAGGUCGCGAUACUACACUAGCAAGGAUCAGACAACAUUUUUUGUGGGAAGGGAUGCGACGUCAAGUUCGUGUUUUCUGCAGAGCAUGCAAGAUUUGCGCACAGAGUAAGCGACGCGCGAUCGUCAGAUCAUAUCCGAGAUCUAGUAUGCUUACGCAUCCUUUUGACUCUUAUGAGAUCGACUUCGUUGGACCUCUAACACCUUGCAUGGAUUUCGUCUACGUCCUCACUUGUAUCUGCCGUUUUAGUGGUUGGAUUUUUCUACGUUGCGUGAAGGAAGCAACUUCGGAGGCAGUGGCGAAAUUUCUCUUCGAGGAUGUGGUCUGUUCCUAUGGACCGUUUCGAGAGCUACGCAGCGAUCGUGGUUCGCAUUUCAUUGCGCAGAUUAUCAUCAAGAUGAGCGAGAUGUUUCAUUUUCGUCACGUUCGAGGUAGUGCAUACAACCCCACAUCUCAGUCACUCAUCGAAAGAACACAUCGACUUCUCAACGAGUACCUUCGCAGUUUUCUACUUCAAACAGGAGGUCGCGCUGAUUGGGUGCAGUACGUUAUGCCUUUUCAGUGGGCUUUUCGAUGCCACACGCAGACAGGUCGUUUUGGACUUUCACCAUUUCAAGUUGUACAUGGGUGGAUGCCUUCGUCUACAUUACAUUUUUCAACCGGUUCCAGUAGCGAGUAUUUCGAAAAGUACUGGAUCGAGCGACUCGAAUGGUUGGCAGAGACUCACGAUAUGAUUCGCGAGCGAGCAGAAGAACUCAUCGAGGCAUAUGUAGAUCAGGUAAAAGAUCACGGCAUUCGAGUUGGCGACCUAGUUUACGUGGCUAAUACAGCUUUCGAGCACAACACUGGAAUUUCUCAUCGCCUGCAGCCUUUGGCGCGCGGUCCGUUCCGUGUUGUGGAAACGUAUGGACAGGCGAUUUUAGUCGAGUCGAUGGACAACGUGGCUCCGAAGAAAUCGUUUAAGGUCAACGCUUCGCGGGUGAUCCCUUUGAAGGAUUACCAUUCCGAAUACGCAUAAUUCGACUUCUCUUCAAGCAUAUGAUAUUUGUCCAACCUUGUCACGCACAAAACAACUUUGGAAAAACCUUGAGUCGGCUACGAGACAAGUUGGAGUGUACAAUGAGGGGAAGGAGUUGAAAACUUUUUCUGCUAAAUUGUCCACGUUCAAAAUCAUAUGCCACUUACUACGGAUUCAUUUCGAAUGUCUUUCAAAUCCUCAAUAUUUGUUAACAUUCAACUAAGUUUGCUUCUCCAGUACAAGUAACAGAAAGUUAGUUUCUCUCACUUGUAAAAUAAAAACAGCUACGACUUCCACUUAAGGGUGCUUUAACUUGUUUAACAGUAUCCACAACAGUACGCUUCGCGCGAGUUACAAGUAAAAAGUUACAUUUCUACUACGACUUGCUUCACGCAGAAUAUUACUUAGAUUGCGCUGACAUCAGUAAUAUUUGUGCUUUCGACUACCGUCCCGGCAGGACUUUGACAUCUUUCGUUCACUUAUUCUGUUCAGUUUUCAAGUUCUAAGAGUUCGACUAACAGUUUACUCAGUCAGAAGUAGGGAGAAAAGUGCUGAAGUAAAGGAUACUUCAGCACUAUACAACAGUAAGUAGGGAGUGAGACAAGACACGCUGCUCCGGCCAGCGACCAACCGGGUUUACCUUUUGCUUAACAACAAGUUUUACUACUGUUUCUUUGCGUUGCAUCACAGUAGCCAUUAAGUUACAUGUCUUGUCUAAAGAAGUUCCAACAUGAAAAACACACUUACGGGAGUACUUUUAGUUUAACAUAUUUUGAAGUAUUUUUGACAGAUCGAAAGUUGCUUGCGUAAUGUUGUCAUCCCACUACAGAAAACUAGGAGGCAGGGUUAUACAAGUAGUUUUGUUGUACUAACGUUUGUAGUUUUCUUUCUUGACUAGGAGGCAGGGUUGUAAGUGACUUUUCAACUACGUUUUCAGACUAAGAGAAAGUAGUCAAGAAAGAAGUAUAAGAUCAGCGGUAGGCUGAAUUUUCGGUGCAUAAAGUCUGUAUAUCUUUUGUUGUUUUCUUUGAAGAAAGUGAAAGUAAAGAAGGAAGAAGAAAGUAAGAGAAAGUAAAAGAAAGAAGAUAAAGUUGUGUAAGUUUUGUUGGAACGGAACGAGACCGAACACGACGAGAGACACAAAAACUGAAACUGAUGAUGGUGCGCCAUCCAUAACUAAAGACGUUCUAAACAACUUCGAACGAUUUUUGUAUCACCUUGAUGAUUGUAAUGAACCUUUAGGUUUUGUUUUUACCCAUAAAAUACCAACAUCGACGUCCUUGGCGAUCGAUGAGUUGCGAUCAAAGUAUCGCUGUUCGAUUAGUUGGCAACAACUAGAUUAGCCAUUUACA